AUGCUCAGAAGUGCUACGAGCAAUGGUGGACAGCUACAUUGUGGAGGCAUGGUUUCUAUUAUUGCAGAGCAUCUUGGCCUCCAUCUACCUAAUAACCCAACAAACAUCAUCAUGGGCCGUACUCGUCUAUCAAUUGAUGUUAUGGAAACAAUGCAUCUUUUCCACCGCCUUCCCACUGGGGAUAUUCAUUGGACAGUAGAUGGGAAAGAGUAUCUACGUAUAGACAGCAGAAAUAAGAAGAUACUCAAUUUAGCCAAUGAUAUUCCAUCAACUAAUUGGAAACUCAGAUCCAACUUAGGUGUUACAGUAGAUCAUAGUCCUCCUCCUGCUCCUCCUGCUCCUGCUGCUGGUGCCUAG